CCACCGCGGAGCCUGCGGAAAAGAGGGGGAAGAAGAGAAAGGAAUUAAACAACGUGGUGCGUGCUAAACAAAAGAAUUUGUGGGUUAGAGGGCGGAGGGUGGCGAGCGGCUAGGAGAGAACUUUCUGGAUAUCCCUGCAUGUGUAUAAACUCAGCCCUGGCCUUUGAUGUUCUGCAACUGAUCAGCGAUCAGAUUACUGGCAUUUCAUCCCCCUGCUCGUCUGCCUUUGAUCUGCACGGUUAAUUUUAUUUUCCUGGAUUUGAAGUCUCGUCUGGGCUUGUGCUGACAUACGUUUUGGAGGAAGGUAGCAGCGUUUGGCACACAAGUGCUGGCAGGGAGAAACGAAGUUGCCGAAAGGAAUCUUCAACUAUAUAAAGACAUUUUAUAAGAGUGAUGGCUUUAAAUGUGCUGCUACGACAAGAGAAAACAUUUUUUAUCAUUGUAGUUCUACUAACUUAUUUGGCAUGUCAAGGGAUCUGUGAAACAGUAGACUGUAGACAACAGGAAUUCAGAGAUCGUUCUGGAAAUUGUGUCCUCUGCAAGCAAUGUGGACCAGGCAUGGAACUGUCUAAGGAAUGUGGCUUUGGCUAUGGGGAGGAUGCUCAGUGCGUGACAUGCCGGCCACACAGGUUCAAGGAGGACUGGGGCUUCCAGAAGUGCAAACCCUGCCUGGACUGUGCCCUGGUGAGCCGCUUCCAGAAGGCCAACUGCUCCGCCACCAGCGACGCUGUCUGCGGGGACUGCCUGCCGGGAUUCUACAGGAAGACAAAACUCGUGGGCUUUCAAGAUCUGGAGUGUGUGCCCUGUGGAGACCCUCCCCCGCCCUAUGAGCCCCACUGUACCAGCAAGGUCAACCUCGUGAAGAUCCCAUCCACAGCCUCCAGCCCCCGGGAUACAGCUCUGGCCGCCGUGAUCUGCAGCGCCUUGGCCACUGUCCUCCUAGCACUGCUCAUUCUCUGCAUUAUCUACUGUAAGAGGCAAUUCAUGGAGAAGAAGCCCAGCUGGUCUCUGAGAUCCCAGGACAUGCAGUACAAUGGCUCAGAGCUGUCGUGUUUUGAGAGUCCUCAACUUAGUGGAUCUCCCUCUAGAGCGUGUUGUCAGUGCCACCGGGACACAGCCCGGACCUGUGGGCCAGUUCAUCUGAUCCCACCCUUGUGCUGUGAAGAGGCAUGCAGCAUCAAGCAGCUGACUCUGGGCUGCAGAGCACAUUCCAAGACUGCUCUUCAGGACAGGAGUGCUGGUCCCCUGGGGGAUAUGAUGCCCACCUUCUUCGGUUCCCUUUCGCGGUCCAUCUGUGGUGAAUUUUCAGAUGCUUGGCCUCUAAUGCAAAAUCCCAUUUGUGGUGAUGCCAUCUCCUGCUGUGACUCUUAUCCUGAACUCACCGGAGAAGAUAUUAAUUCUUUCAAUCCAGAGAAUGAAAGUGCAGCAUCCAUGGAUUUACUCAGCAAUCAUCAGGAUUUGGCUGCUGGUGCUGUUUCAAUGCAAGCUCAUUCUGGAACUCUUACAGAAACUGCUCGUGUAUCAAGACAUAACAGCUCACAGACAGAACCCAUGCAAUCCUGGGAUACCCUAAUUACUAGAAGCCAACUGGAGCCAGAGAGAGGGGGUAGCAUUAACCUAAGCUCCCAAAUGUCUGUCCAGGAAGCUUAAAGGACUUGGCUUCUUCCUGCAGUCAAAGUGUAUACACUUCCAACAGAGCCAUGAUGGGUUCUGACUCCUCCGUGUGGGCUUAUAGACUGAGUACAGCCUGGCCCCUGAUGGCUUCUGGGGGAAGAAAUCAGUCUGAAACAAACUGAUGGCAUUUUAAGCCUUUCACCCAGUUGCUUCUGAGCCAGACCAGCUGUAAGCUGAAACCUCAAGGAAAAACCAGGGAGACCGGGCACUCGUGCAACUUUUCAUCUUCCUGUACAGGAAGCUUCUGUGCUGUAAGCCUGACUUCAAAGGCUGACAUUGCGUGGGCUGCCUGAGAGCUGACUGGCACCUAACAGGAACCAGAAGUGUGCCCAUGUGCAUUUUCAUGGUGAAUGUGGCUCUGUGGGGCCGAAGAGUCCAAAUAUACAUUUGUGUUCACAACUUCUUCCCAGGAAUAAUUUCCUAGAGUUGAUUCUCCUGCUAUAAGUCAAAGCCAGAUUAGUUACCUUAGUUUAUAUGGAGAAUGGUCUUUUUUAAAUGAGUGUUUCUGUUUGAUGAAGGUCACUUUAUCAUUAUUAAACUAAUGAACUUCAAAGGUUAGGACUGACUUCAGACUGUCUGUGUAAGCCUUUGGUGUAUUUGAUGAAGUUAACUGAGAAUCAGAGGAGAAUGGCUUCAGGACUUCCAGACUUAGCCCUU